AUGACGGUGGAGCAAUUGGAGGGUUAUUUACAAGCCCAUGAAGAAAAGAUCAAGAGAAGACAAGAAGUGCCACUGGAGCAACUUCUUAAAACUCAGGCAUCCUUUAAGGACAAUGGAAGUGAAAAGAGCUAUCGAGGAAAUGGACGAGGACGAGAACAUGGUGGUCAUGGAAGGGGAAGAGAAAAAUCUAACUUUGUUGACGACAAGAAAGAAGAAGAUGAGUCAACGUUAUUGCUGGCACUCAAGGAAGAAGACAGGGAUGAUUGUAGCUCUUGGUAUUUGGACAAUGGAGCAAACAAUCAUAUGUGUGGAUGCAAAGAAAAGUUUGUGGAGAUCAAUAAAAUGGUGAGAGGUAAUGUGUCAUUUGGAGAUACCUCAAAGAUUCAAAUCGAAGGGAUAGGUACGAUUCUGAUCUCCUGUAAAGAUGGUAGUCACAAAUUAAUUCAAGAUGUUUAUUGUGUGCCAAAAUUAAAAGGUAAUAUUUUGAGUUCGGGACAACUUCUUGAAAAUGAAUAUGACAUCCACAUGAAAAAUAUGUAUCUUUGGCUUAGAGAUUCAAGUGGAAUUCUAAUUGCUAAAGUGCAUAUGGCAAAGAAUAGAUUAUUUUCUCUGAAUCUUAGAACAAUUUAUGCAAAGUGUUUGAAGGCUCAUGGUGUUGGCACAUGCGAUUUGGGCACUUGA